AUGUUUUCCAAGGGCAAACCACUUGGCUCCUUUUUGCCAAAUCAACAAAAAGUUAAAGCGGAGUACUCUUCUUCCUCAAGCAGUCGCAGCUUUCAGGCUGCUUCCAGUCUCUCGACAAAAUCCAACCAAGCGGGGGGCAGCCAACUACGGCAAACCAAACUCUAUAUCAAUCAAAAGGAUAAAAAACUAAAAUAUGAUGGCUUUGUCGAAGAAGUAGUGCCUAAAGUGAAGGCCAAAUACGAUUUUACUUAUGUGCCGCCACCCAAGGGUUUAAACAAAACAUUUGGAGGAGUUGUUGCCACAAAAACUGAAGCAGCAGGAUUGCCAGAUGAUCCAUUGACCCAAAAGCCGGGAAGAAAUUUGAUCAGCCUAAUUGGACGAGUUGACUAUUCUAUGAAGACUCAUAAAAUGCAUCCUGAUUUAAAUAUUAUUUGGAAUAUUUAUGGUAAGCUUUUGAGAAUAGUUGUGGGCAAAAGAUUCGAGCAUACUCUGCUGGUGAGAAAUGAAGAGCCUGGACCCAUACUUCAAGCGAUUUACUAUGAUUUCGAUGAAGAUUUAAAACAUUUAAAAAAUGGUUGCUUUGUGCAUUUGGUAGGACGUUUCAAAACUGAGAAUCGUCUGCAAACUUUCCGAGUUAAUCAGGUGAGCCCCGAAGAGUGGCAAAACAAUUUUAUGCGCAUUGAAAAUGUUACCUCAUUUAUUUUAAUGCAGCAGAAUAAUGUACAAAAAUAA